GUGUUUUGAUUUUUGAAUGGACAUUUAUCAAUGGAUUAAUUCAAAAAUCAUAUAAAUGAUAUACUUCUUUCAAUAAUAAUAAGUAUUCAUCAACAAUGGGGGACUGGCAGGAAGUGGGUGAAAAGAGAUGGGGUCAUCUUCGAAAAGUACUCGAAAGACCAGGGCCAUUCAGCCAUCCAGAUUUUGAACCAAGUCCGGACUUAUUAGAUUUCAUCAGAAAUACUUGUAAGAUUUUGAUAAUUGGCGCAGGGGGUCUCGGAUGUGAACUUUUGAAAGACCUAGCUAUGAUGGGUUUCAAACACAUUCACAUAAUAGAUAUGGACACCAUUGACUUGUCCAAUUUGAAUAGGCAGUUCUUAUUCAGGCCGAAAGAUAUAGGCAAUUCUAAGGCUGAAGUAGCAGCUGCCUUUGUAAAUAAAAGAAUAAGUGGAUGUCAAGUUGUUCCCCAUUUCUGCAAGAUUCAGGACUAUGAUUCGGAAUUUUAUAAGCAGUUUCAUAUUGUAGUGUGUGGGUUAGAUUCAAUUGUUGCUAGAAGAUGGAUAAAUGGGAUGCUUAUUUCAAUGUUGAAUUAUGAAGAUGGAGUAUUAGAUCAAAGCAGUGUAAUUCCUCUUGUUGAUGGAGGUACUGAAGGUUUUAAAGGAAAUGCCCGUGUGAUUUUUCCUGGGAUUAGUGCCUGUGUUGAGUGCACCCUUGAUUUAUAUCCUCCUCAGGUCACAUAUCCUUUGUGUACCAUCGCUAACACUCCUCGCCUCCCUGAACACUGCAUAGAAUAUGUCAAAGUAGUACUUUGGCCUAAAGAGAGUCCUUUCAAUGCAACAUUAGAUGGCGAUGAUCCUCAGCACGUUGGGUGGAUCUAUGAAAAGUCUUUAGAAAGAGCGCAACAAUUCAAUAUACCAGGGGUGACAUACAGAUUGGUACAAGGUGUUGUUAAAAAUAUUAUUCCAGCUGUUGCAUCAACUAAUGCAGUGAUAGCUGCAGUAUGUGCUACAGAGGUUUUCAAAAUAGCAACAAGCUGUUGCCUCACCCUGAAAAACUAUCUAGUUUUCAAUGAUGUUGAUGGAAUAUACACGUAUACUUAUGAGGCUGAAAAGAAAGAGAAUUGCCUUGUAUGCUCCCAAGUGCCCCAAGUUAUUGACAUCAACGAUCCAACAAAAAUGAAACUGAAGGAUAUAAUCACACUUCUAACUGAAAGUGCCCAAUACCAGAUGAAAAGUCCUGGUUUGACCACCGUUGUUAAUGGUAAAAAUAAAACAUUGUAUAUGUCAACCAUAAAGAGUAUUGAAGAAAGAACAAGGGAUAACUUGAAUAAAAGCCUGGUGGAAUUGGGAUUGGAGGACGGCAGUCAGAUAUUGGUAGCUGAUAUUACUGCCCCUGAAAGCCUGGUUAUUAAACUGAAAUAUUUGUCGCCAGAUAUUGAAAUGACGUAAGAAUAAGUCCACAGUGAAUCACUUAUCUAAUUUUGUAACAUUACUCAUUUGAAAUGAAAUCUUGUAUAUAAAAAUGAA